CACUGCGCCGGAAGAGAGUGACGACAAUAACAAACAGCGGCAGCGGCUGCGCCAGGAGGACGGUGGCGGGGCUCGAGCGGUGCCCGGAGUCCCCCAACUCCCCCCGGGUCCGGCGCUUUCCCAAGCUCCUGAGGGAGCCCCCGACCGCGCUCUGCUGGGUGCGUCCGGAGCCCAUCGGCCGGACCCAGCCGCAGUGAGGAGCCGCUGUUGCCGGUCACCGCAGGAUGGUGCGCGGGGCCGCCUCGCCGCUGUGGGUCUUUUACUCUUGUUUUGAACAGUCAUGCCAUUCUGUUGCCAAAAUCAACUGAAGCAAAUGUGCACCUUAUUAUCCUGCUGUGUUUUAAAGAAGGUGGUAGCUCUGUAUAGCUCCUGAAGUGGAAAAUUAUGGGCCUGAAUUUUGGUAGUGUGUCAGUGGACAAGAGUGAGGUCAGAAAGACGGCAUCGGAACACGAGGACCCCUUCUCAGAUGGCAUAGACUUCACCUCUUUCCUACUGUCAGAUCUAGUAGGUACAGCAUCUGUUUCUAAAUGAUACUACCAAAGAGGAAGGUGUAAACUUCAGGAACACACAGAAAUCAUCAUGAAGUUAUAUGUAUUUGUGGUCAACACUGGAACUACCCUCACCUUUGACACAGAACUUGCGGUACAGAAUGUGUCCGACCUUAAACAUGCAAUCCAAACCAAGUAUAAGAUUGCCAUUCAGCACCAGGUGCUGGUUGUCAAUGGAGGGGAGUGUAUGGCAGCAGACAGAAGAGUCUGUAGUUACAGUGCUGGAACAGACACAAACCCAAUUUUCCUGUUCAACAAAGAGAUGAUCUUAUGUGAACGCCCACCAGCUAUUCCCAAAACCACAUUUUCAGCAGAGAAUGAGAUGGAAUUAAAAGUUGAAGAAUCUCUCAUGAUGCCUGCAGUGUUUCACACGGUAGCUUCGCGGACACAGCUUGCUGUGGAAAUGUAUGAGGUUGCAAAGAAGCUUUGUUCCUUUUGUGAAGGUCUGGUCCAUGAUGAACAUCUUCAGCACCAAGGCUGGGCUGCCAUAAUGGCCAAUUUGGAAGAUUGCACAUAUUCUUAUCAAAAGCUGCUUUUCAAGUUUGAAAAUGCAUAUUCAAACUAUCUGCAGUCCAUAGAUGAUAUUAAGCUGAAACUCACACACUUGGGGACAGCUGUUUCUAUAAUGUCCAAGAUCCCACUGCUGGAGUGCCUAACCAGACAUAGUUACAGAGAGUGUUUAGGAAGAUUGGAUUCUUCUGUUGGGCAUGGAGGGGCAGAAAGUGAAGAAACUGAAGAUGAGAAGUCUGCUGAACUGGUGCUUUCUUCUGAUAUACCUAGAGUGCACAAUAAAUCACUUUUAGCCUCAUUUUGCAAGUCUGUGGAACAUUCAGCCCUGGACAGCACAGAUCCUGGAAAUGUCAAAGAAAAUAGGGAAUCCAGUCAAAACAUUACUGUUGAGAACAGUAAAACUUCAGAAGAGCUUAACGAGAGUGAUCUGCCUUCCUUCAAUGUCUCUCUGUUGGACUGGAUAAAUGUUCAAGAUAGACCUAAUGAUGUGGAAUCAUUAGUCAGAAAAUGUUUUGAUUCUAUGAGCAGACUUGAUCCAAAGAUCAUUCAGCCCUUUUUGGUAGAAUGUCGACAAACUAUUGCCAAACUAGAUAAUCAGAACAUGAAGGCGAUUAAAGGGCUUGAGGACAGGCUUUAUGCAUUGGACCAGAUGAUAGCUAGCUGCAGCAGACUAGUAAAUGAACAAAAAGACCUUGCUCAGGGAUUUUUGGCUAAUCAGAAGAGAGCUGAGAACUUGAAAGAUCCUUCUGUGCUACCUGAUUUGUGUUUGAGUCAUGCAAAUCAACUGAUGAUUAUGUUAACUAAUCACAGAAAACUGUUAGAUAUUAAGCAGAAAUGUACCACUGCCAAACAAGAGCUUGCAAAUAAUCUACAAGUCAGACUAAAAUGGUGUUGCUUUGUGAUGCUUCAUGCGGACCAAGAUGGAGAGAAACUGCAAGCCUUGUUUCGCCUUGUAACAGAGCUGCUAGAAAGAGUCAAGAUUGUAGAGGCUCUCAGUACCGUUCCUCAAAUGUACUGUUUAGCUGUUGUUGAGGUUGUAAGGAGAAAAAUGUUUAUAAAACACUACAGGGAGUGGGCUGUUGCUUUAAUAAAAGAUGGGAAACAUCUAUAUGAAGCUGAAAAGGCAAAAAGGGAAUCUUUUGGGAAAUUGUUUAGGAAGUCUUUUUUAAGGAAUCGUUUGUUUAGGGGCCUUGACUCUUGGCCUCCAUCCUUUUGUACACGAAAGCCUCGCAGGUUUGACAGUGAACUUCCAGAUAUCUUAUUAACUGACUUGCAGUUUCUGCAGUCUUUUUGUCCUUCAGAAGUGCAACCAUUACUCAGGGUUCCCAUACUUUGUGACUUUGAACCUCUUCACCAGCAUGUACUUGCUCUACAUAACCUGGUAAAAACAGUACAAAGUUUGGAUGAAAUGUCACAGACCAUUACAGACCUGCUGAAUGAGCAAAAGGUAUUUUGUUUUUGUUUGGUAAGGUUUUAAGAAAAAAGUAGAAUA